AUGGAAAAAAGAAAUGGAUCUCCCAUAAAAUAUACACACAAUAAACUUAAUAAAGAAACAGAUGGAGCUACUUCCGAAUUAGAAGAGGAUGAGGUAAUCCAGGAUUGGUCACAAUUGGCCAAACUAUCAAAAAAAAACUCUCUUAAGACUCUACCAAAGAGAGGUGAAAAGGACUACGAACCAGAUGGUACGAUUAUACAAGAAGGCAGAUUGUUUCAAGUACGAAAGGCGAUGUUCGAUACACUUUACAAUUCAAUAAGAGGCUCUACAAUUAAAAACCAAAGUAAAGCUUUCUUAGUUCCCGAACUUCAUUCUGCAUUUAUUUUACAUGCAAAGGGAAAUUUUUUGCAAACAGUUGGGAAAGUUGAUAAACAAAGUAGAUGUUGGUUAAACUUCUUAGAAUUUGUCUAUCUGGCAGAGAGAGGUACUAUUACACCAUUUUUAUGUUCUGAGUAUCAUAAUUCUAUGACUACUGAAGAUGAUAUGGAUAUCGUUCCACUAUCAAUCGAAGAUAUUUAUACAUUUUUCGAAUCUCAAGUUGAAAUAAAUGAGUUUUUUGUAUACGGUUACCUGAAGAGAUUGGGUUACAUAGUUAAUUUGAAAAAAAUGCAGGUACCUGAUCCUACUUCUUUCUUCCCAUCAACAUUGAAUAAAUGGACUGGAUAUUUUAAUGUUAUAAAUUUAUUAUCUUUUACAGAUAGAUUAUUUACAGAUACGUCCAAAAUGUUAAGAAAAAUGGUGUUCUUCAGUAGUUACAAUUUCAAAAUAUUCAAAUAUUUAUCCAACUCAAUGAUAUAUAAUGGUUUGCAAACUUUAAUUAAUUGCCAAAAUGUGCCGAAAAAUAAGUCUGAACUAUAUUCACAAAGAAUUAAAUAUAACAGAAAACCCACAUUACAUAAUAAGCAAAAAAUUUCCUUUGAUGUAUGGAAACCACAGUCAAAUUAUAAAAAAAAGAGUCCAGGAUUGCCGGAUUAUCAAAUAAUGGUUAUGAAUAAAAAUGACCCAAAGCAACAUUUUCCUUCAAAGAAGGAGCUUGAUGAUUUAUUUGAUUCACUGGAUUACAAGUUUGAAUUUCUUAAUAAUUCAGAAGAUACAAACUUCUGGGAAAGAAAUUCUUAUACAUGUAAUAUCCCCCGUGAAGAUUAUUUACUGAAAUCACAUUAUAAAGCUAAACAGGUAAAUUCGAGUUUAAAUUCAGUAAAGCAAAAAAAAGUGAAGAGACCUAUAAGUUCUUAUAAUACAAAUAUUCAACAGAUAUUGAGAUUAAAACAUGGCUACAGAAACAUUCUAAUAGCAGUUAUAGAUAAUGGUAUAAUAAGUUUUAUAAAAAUUGGUGAAGCUGAUUUCGGAAAGGAAAAUAUUUGGUAUGUCCCUAACUCGAAACUUAAUAAAUGA